AAUGGAAAAACUAGAAAAAGAGUACUAAAAUUAAUGGGGAGAAAAAAAAAAAGGAAAAAGAAAACAAAAGGUAGUGGUGAUUAGUAAAAAUCCAUCUAAUCAAAGAAGAAAAGGCCAACGAGGCCGGUGCCAUCGUCACCGGAUCGUUUUUGCCUUACAACGACUUUGUCUGUCCCAUGCUCUCAAAAAUCUUUUCCGCUCUUUUCCUUUCCUUCCAAACAGUAAACCAAAAAAGAAAGAAAAACUUUCUCUCUUCUUCUCAAUCGCUUCUUCUCUCCCUUCACCAUCAUAAUUUCCUUCAUAUUUCUCUGUUCCUCAAUUAGAAAAUACCAAUGCAAUAAUUCACUUUUUCUUUCUCAGUAUCUUUCCCAUUUCCUUCAUAUCUUUUAAUUUGCCAGCUUUUCUUGGCUCUUUCCCUUCCCUUCUUCAAACUCAAAGAGAGAGAUCUUUCUCUCAAGUAAGUUUUGUGCAACUUCCAGACUGCUCAAAGUUGGAUUCUCAAGUGGAGCUAUACUAAUUUUGCCUAAGAAAACAGUAAUAAAGAAGAAUUCCGAGAAAUGUCUAGCUCUGCAAAAGUUCAUGAUCCUGCAUUUCAAGGAGUGGGUCAGAAACUCGGGACUGAAAUCUGGCGUAUUGAGAAUUUUCAGCCAGUUCCUCUGCCAAAGUCAGACUAUGGAAAAUUCUACAUGGGGGAUUCUUAUAUUGUCUUACAGACAACACCUAGCAAGGGUGGUUCAUAUCUGUAUGACAUACACUUCUGGAUUGGUAAAGAUACUAGUCAGGAUGAGGCUGGAACAGCUGCUAUCAAAACUGUUGAGUUGGAUGCAGUACUAGGAGGGCGUGCUGUGCAGCACAGGGAACUUCAAGGUCAUGAAUCUGACAAAUUUUUGUCGUACUUUAAACCUUGCAUUGUACCAUUGGAAGGUGGUGUUGCUUCUGGAUUUAAAAAGCCAGAAGAAGAAGUGUUUGAAACACGGUUGUAUGUCUGCAGAGGAAAGCGAGUUGUCAGAUUGAAGCAGGUUCCUUUUGCUCGGUCUUCACUGAAUCAUGAUGAUGUAUUUAUCCUGGACACUCAGGAUAAGAUUUAUCAGUUCAAUGGUGCAAACUCUAAUAUUCAGGAAAGGGCGAAGGCAUUAGAAGUUAUUCAGUUCUUAAAGGAAAAGUAUCAUGGGGGAACGUGCAAUGUUGCAAUUGUUGAUGAUGGGAAAUUGGACACUGAGUCCGACUCUGGGGAGUUUUGGGUGCUCUUUGGUGGAUUUGCGCCAAUAAGCAAGAAGGUUGCCAGUGAAGAUGAUGUUAUUCCUGAGAAAACUCCUGCUAAACUUUAUAGCAUAACUGAUGGUGAGGUGAAGAUUGUAGAAGGUGAACUAUCGAAAGGCCUCUUGGAAAACAACAAAUGUUAUCUACUAGACUGUGGAGCUGAGGUUUUUGUUUGGGUUGGACGGGUGACACAAGUAGAGGACAGAAAAGCCGCCAGUCAAGUUGCUGAGGACUUUGUUGCUGGCCAGAGUAGACCAAAAACAACACGCAUAACCCGUCUCAUCCAAGGGUAUGAAACCAAUUCAUUCAAGUCCAACUUUGAUUCUUGGCCGGCAGGGUCUACAGCUCCUGGUGGUGAGGAGGGAAGAGGAAAAGUAGCCGCUUUGCUGAAGCAACAAGGAGUUGGUGUCAAGGGGAUAGGCAAAAGUGCUCCUGUAAAUGAAGAAGUUCCCCCUUUGCUUGAAGGCGGUGGAAAGAUGGAGGUAUGGUGCAUCAAUGGCAGUGCCAAGACACCAUUGCCAAAAGAGGAUAUUGGUAAAUUCUAUAGUGGAGACUGCUACAUUGUGCUUUAUACCUACCACUCAGGUGACAGGAAAGAAGAUUACUUUCUGUGUUGUUGGAUUGGAAAGGAUAGCAUUGAGGAGGACCAAAAGAUGGCUGCCCGGUUGGCUGAUGCAAUGUAUAACUCACUUAAGGGGAGGCCUGUUCAGGGUCGAGUGUUUGAAGGUAAAGAGCCACCCCAGUUCAUUGCACUUUUUCAACCUAUGGUGGCCCUUAAGGGUGGUCUAAGUACUGGUUACAAAAUGAGUAUAGCAGACAAAGGCUUGACAGAUGAAACCUAUACUGCAGAUUGUGUUGCUCUAUUUCGGAUUUCAGGAACCUCCGAGCACAAUAAUAAAGCGUUGCAAGUUGAUGCGGUGGCAACAUCAUUGAACUCAACUGAGUGUUUCCUCCUGCAAUCUGGAUCUUCGAUUUUUAUUUGGCAUGGAAAUCAAAGCACCUAUGAAAAGCAGCAAUUAGCUGCAAAAGUUGCUGAAUUUUUGAAGCCUGGAGUUGCUGUUAAACAUGCUAAAGAAGGAACAGAGAGCAAUGCCUUCUGGUUUGCACUUGGGGGAAAACAAAGCUAUACGAGCAAAAAAGCAUCUGUAGAGACUGUCAGGGAUCCCCACUUGUUCAGUUUCUCUCUUAAUAGAGGAAAGUUUGAGGUUGAGGAAAUUUACAAUUUCUCUCAAGACGAUCUGUUGACAGAAGAUAUUUUGAUACUCGACACACAUUCUGAAGUGUUUGUUUGGGUUGGUCAGUCUGUAGACGCCAAAGAAAAGCAAAAUGUCUUUGAAUUUGGCCAGAAAUACAUAGACAUGGCUGCAUCUCUAGAUGGUUUGUCUCCAAAAGUUCCACUUUACAAAGUUACUGAAGGAAACGAACCCUGCUUCUUCACAACAUUAUUUUCAUGGGAUUCCACUCGAGCUAAUGUGCAAGGAAACUCAUUCCAGAAGAAGGUGGCAUUGCUCUUUGGGGCUAGCCAUGCUGUAGAGGACAAGCCCAAUGGGAACCAAGUGGGUCCCACUCAAAGGGCUUCAGCUUUAGCUGCCUUGUCUUCUGCAUUCAAUCCAUCUUCUGCCAAACCAACCCUUUUGGCCCACGAUCGAUCCGACGGAAAUCAAGGACCUACACAAAGAGCGUCAGCUUUAGCUGCCUUGUCAUCUGCAUUUAAUCCAUCAUCAGCAAGCAAAACCUCAGCUCCAAAGCCUUCCAGCACUAGUCAGGGGUCACAAAGAGCAGCAGCUGUAGCUGCUCUUUCCUCAGUCCUUACUGCUGAAAAGAAGAAACAAUCACCUGAUGCAUCCCCUAGAAAAUCCACCAGCAGCACUCCUGCUGUAACCAGCCCACUUUCUGAAGCAAAGAGUGAAGUGGACCCUUCUGAAGCAGAGGAUUCUCAAGAGGUUGCUGAAGACAAGGAGACUGGUGUAGUAUCUGAAACUGAUGGGGAGGAUUCAGAACCAAAGCAAGAGAUAGAGCACGAUGAGAAUGGGAGUGGAAGCACUCAAAUUACAUUCAGUUAUGAGCAACUGAAAGCCAAAUCUGAUAAUCCUGUAACUGGAAUUGAUUUCAAAAGGAGAGAGGCUUAUUUGUCAGAUGAAGAGUUCCAGACAAUAUUCGAGAUGGAAAAAGAAGCAUUUUAUAAAUUGCCAAAGUGGAAGCAAGACAUGCUGAAGAAGAAAGCUGAUCUAUUCUAGAGCACGAACGCAUUUAAACGAGUGAUUUAUGUGCUUCCUUUGCAUUCUAAAUAGCAAUCCCUUAUUUAAUUUGAUAUUCACUUCCGCCAUAAAAUUAUGGUUUCGCUGGUAUACGAAGCCUGUAUUGCCAUGUCUAGCUUUUUGUCAUUUGCCUUUUUCGACGAAUGUAAUUGUGGUUAGUAUCCGGAUUGAUCAUGAUGUUGCCUGAAAAGAGUAUAUUUUUUUAUUCCCCUCCCCCCCUCCCCCCCUCUUCUCUUAGUGCCACUGCCUUUGUAAUGAUCACAUAUUGCAGUUAAGGACAGCUUGGCAGGCCAACAUUCUUUUAUUCGAUUGGCGUGUGCUCAUCUUUGUGGUUAUUCAACUUUUUCUUUUCCCAAUUUGUUAAAGAUGGUAUAUAUGAUUUGCAUUUCUAUUGAACUCUAAUGUAAGUAAUGAAAAUUCAUCGUUUGAGAACAUAUGUUUUCAUAUUGAUCAUUGUUAGGCUACUCAUAUCUUCUUUACAGAUUGAGGGAAGAUGAAGUAGCCAUUUAACUAGUGUAAAUUUUAUGCUUUGUUGGAUGUUCAUGUAGUGUGGUUCAGACAUAUUCAAAUUUUAGUUUUUGCAACUUAUUCUUCUAU